AUGACCUCGGACUCGACCGUACAUCGCCCGACCGAGUCUCUCAUUCUCCCCAAUAAACGACGAUUCAUCCCAUUCCGCAUUCCUAACUUCCACACCCAACUACGCCACUAUAUCAGCACCGCCGAUCCGGAUCGCAUCUAUGUCGUGGUCGAACGAGUCGUCUAUGCGAUUCAUAUCGCUGCGCAAAAGAGGGAGAGCAUAGCGGUCAUUCCGUUCGAGCCGCGAUGCUUGGCGGCUGGAUAUGGGUGGAUCGCUGUGGGGGGCCCCGAGAAUGGUGAAUGCGCCUUUAUCAGAACCGAUGAGAGAGGUCUACAAUUGCAUGGAGAACCAUCUACCCACCAGCCCUCCGAUGUGGACAGUCCGCUUCCACUCGAUCUCGACCCACCGUCUGGGCUGCCAUCCCCAGACACCACGAGUGGUGGGACGACAUCCUCACGUCGGGCGCCUCGGAGGAUGAUGCCGGAGUUUGAGCUGCACAAAUUCGGAGGCAGUAUUGUUAACUCGGUGACGAUCCACCACUUCCCUGGAGAUCGCGAGGGAAUCUCGGCCGAGGUUGUGGUGGUCCUCAGCAACAACGACCGAACCGUUACCGUCUACUCGUUGACACGUGCGAAGGUGUUGAAGGUCCUUCACCAUCCGACUUGCAUGAAUUAUGCAAUCAUCUCUCCGGACCAUAAAAUCCUCGCAGCAGUAGGUGACGAGAACCGCGCUUACUUCUACGACGUGACUCGUGACUGGGAAUCGCUGGUGACCGUCGAAUCGGGUGGAAAGGUUGGGGGCUGGGAGUGGGAGCUGUUGCGCUGCAUUGAAAUGGAUAUCGGUCCGCGGUCGGACGAUGCCUGCUGCUUCACCAUUGCAUUCUCUCCAUCCAGUCACCUAUGCGCGAUCGGCUCCCAGUCCGGAAUCAUCACUGUGCUAGACAUGGAUCGCAUUCGUGCGAUGGACAACGAGGAGCCUGUGAUCUGCCAAUUUACAGCCUCCAGAUCCUGUACCGAGGGCGGUGCGGUGCGAUGCAUGACCUUCUCUCCCGAGCCCUGGGAUCUUUUGGUCUGGCUGGAAGGCCAUGGCCGAGCCGGGGUCGCCGAUGUUCGCCAAUCAUACUUGCGGAGGCAGAUAUUGAACCUGAACGCCGAUGACCCCCAGAUGCAAGAGGUUCGCACUGUACCUCUGGCCACAAGCUUUGAUGAUGGCCUUUCAGAUGACGACUUGGAAAUCACAACGCGACUUGGAUUUGAUGUUGAGGAUCUCGCGCACGGUCGAGAAGGAGAAGGCACAGGACGCCUUCCAUCGCGCGAGAGCCUGCUCCAUGACCUGACAGCACGCGAGAGAUUGAUCAUGCAGUUUCUCAACACUGCGCGCUGGAAUGCACGAGAGGAAAUGGGUCUGACUGAACGACCGGAACCGCCCUCGAGAGCAAGUCUCCAUCCACACCAUGCAGCUCAUAGCCGCCAUCACAGUACCGCGGAGGAUCUCGGAAAUGGAUACCGAUAUAUGUCUCCGGCACCCUUAUCCGAGUCCCCAGAUAACACUCAAGACAGCCAUCCAAGCCGACCCAGUGCUACUCACCUUUCGCCCCGGAGUGAGCGCCGGAGUUCGCUGGUGCUGUCACAAAGCAGUCGGCCAACUGAAGCGGAUGCGUCAACUCAUGAACACCAGCCCAGCGUCACUCUCAACUGGACCUCCAGCUCGCGUUCGGAUCUUUCCGCGGAUAUUCUAAAUCGGUUCAGCGCUGAUACCGAUUUUGUCUUACAAGAAAUGGAAGCCCGCGGUAUGGCUCCUCCGCAACCACCAGAGCCGAUCGCUCCAUCUAGCCUUGAUCUCCGUCGUUCACGACCGCCACGAUCCAGCUCUAUUCCCCGUCGUGUGGACAGGCCGCAAUCCGGACAACCUGGCCCCGAGAGAAGAUAUGAUUCUUCACGACUCUCCAAUUAUGAGAUCAGAGCCAAUGUUGCCGCGGAGCGUCUCCGACGUCAACGUCAGAUUGCAAACGAGGUGCACAAUCGGUCUAUUGCGGAACGGGGGCACAGAGAACAGCGAGCUCGCCAUCAAAUGGUUGGAUUUGAACAGACCCAUUCCCCUCGAUGGAUUCGCAAUAUCAUCAAUGAUCUCCCUGACCGAAGUUUCAUUCAUGGCCCUGGAGCCGAAGAACCAGACGCUACAGCCGGAGUUGGCUGGGGCGCUGAUGGAAGGACCUUGUACAUUGCAACCCUGGAGGGAAUCUUCGAGUUCCAACUAAAUGUUCACGACCGCAAAACCUUCCCCAUCUUUUCAUACCGCUAA